GAGAGAGAGAGAGAGAGAGAGAGAGGAGGGUGAAGAGAUAUUUGGCUCCGCCCCCUUUCCAUGUUGCCUUCUUGACAGUUAGCAGCGUGAAAUACUCAGUUUACUGCUGCAGCCAAGAACACACACUCUCUCUCACACACACACACACACACUCUCUCUCUCUCUCUCUCUCUCUCUCUCUCUCUCUCACACACACACACACACACACUCUCUCUCACACACACACACACACACACACACUCUCUCUCUCACACACACACACACACACACUCUCUCACACACUCUCUCUCACACACACACACACACACACUCUCUCUCUCUCACACACACACACACACACACACUCUCUCUCUCUCUCUCACACACUCUCUCACACACACACACACACACACACUCUCACACACACACUAUCUCUCUCUCUCUCACACACACACACACUCUCUCUCUCUCUCUCUCUCUCUCUCUCUCUCUCUCUCUCACACACACACACACAUGCACACUCACUCACACACACAUACUCUCUCACACACACACACACACACACACACUCUCUCUCUCUCUCUCUCACACACACACACACACUGACACUGUCGGACAGCACUCAUGCGGAUUUUUGUGUGUGUGUGUGUGUGUGUGUGUGUAGGGGGACACUGCAGGACGAUUCUCCUCUCAUACGUGACCGUUCCUGUUGUUAUUAGAACCGCAGGCGUGCACCACGUGUGAAAGUGUGACGCUUUUGUCCUCGCGCCUUUUUGUGCCCCUCCUCCCCCCAUCAGAUGUGCAGCGGGGCAGCAGGGCAGAUGGUUUUUCCUCAGAAUCGAAGAGGAUAUGAAAGUGUCCAGAUCCAUAAAAUCCACCAAACUGACGCAUGAGCUCCUGCUGUUUCCAUAGAAACACUGGCAUCAUGGGUAGCGUGAGCAGUUUAAUACCCGGCACUAAAACCUGCAGAGGUUCGGAUCACAGGCUGAGAAAAGGAUUUCAGUGUAAACGAGGCGGCCGGAUGAAACACGGCUUCUCUCAGGAACACAACGCUAAAAACAACAACAACUCGAAACUCGGCCUCGGCUCUGCGGGAACCGGGAACAGCGACGACUUCUUCUACAUCAAAGUGAGCCACAAACCGAGAGGAGAUGAAACGCAGAACGACAUGGGCUCGAGGAAAACGCCAACGGAACUGAACAUGUGCGCAAGAUUAGAGCAGAGUGCAGAAACAUCCUUCAUGCCACAUUUCACCCGGAGCAGCAGUUCUUCUGUGGAAACCCACAACAGUUUGAGUGCCAUUCUGGGAACUAACCUCAGCCAUAUCGAUCGCCCCAAAACCCAGACACCGGAACUGAAACAUGAGAUGAGCUCGGGAUCUCCAUGUGAUUCCGGGAUUUCCGGCUCCAGCUGGACCAACGAUGGUGUGAAUAGCAGGACUAAAUGGACUGGUGGAGUUAAUGGAGAUGGAGGGACGUCAAACUCUAGCACGAGAUCCACCAGCGUGUUGAGCGACUGUGUAUCCGGGCCGGCUAGCUUAAAGACAGAUACAGUGGUUAAAAAUGUGGAAAUGAACCACACAAGCCCGUUUUCAGAUCGGAAUAUUUCAAGUUCCAUGGAGUCCAAAGUUCCCGAGGAAAGACAGCUCUACAGCUCUGAGGUAUCUCAGCAGGCUUUGCAGACUAAGCAGCUCCUCCAGCUGCAAGUUCUUCAGCUCCAACAGGAUAAAGAUCAGCUCCAGGAGGAAGUGGAUCAGUUGAUCAGGGAUAGAAAUGCAGCUGAGAGUCAGCUCAUCUACAAACGCCAACACACACCGUUAACAUCCACACUGGAGGAGACACAGUGGGAGGUGUGUCAGAAAGUGGGCGAGAUCUCUCUGUUGAAGCAGCAACUGAAGGACUCGCAGGCUGACAUGAACAAUAAGCUGAGUGAGAUUGUCUCUCUGAAGGCCACACUGAGAGAAACGAGGAGUAAAAUGGAGGAGCUGGAGGAGAAACAUCGGGAGUGUGAGGAGACACUGUGCCUACAGAGCACUGAGAUGGAGGUCUGUGAGAACGAGCUGCAGAGGAAAAAGAACGAGGCUGAGCUCCUCCGAGAGAAAGCAGGAAAACUGGAGAUGGACAUCAAAACACUGAAACAAGACCUCCUGGUGGCCCAAGAGGAACAUUUAGAGCUCCUGAGCCUGAAGGUUCAGCUACAGGAGCAACAACAGCUACUGCAGAUCUGCCAAUCCAAGAUGGCCGACCAGGAAACUUCAGGAGAAGUGGACGUUCUUCGGAAGGAGGUGGAGAGACUGCGCGAGCAGCUUGAGGAUGAGAAACAGAAGAAGGAGAAGAUCCUGAGCAGCUUCCAUCACGAGAAGCAAACGUGGAACAAAGAGAAGGACAAAGUGAUACGCUACCAGAAGCAGCUGCAGUUUAACUAUUUGCAGAUGCACAGAAAGAACCAGGAGCUGGAGAAAAAACUGAAGGGACGAAACAGUAAAGUGGAUGACAGGACAGUAAAGGAUAAGGACAGGACGCAGGAGGACACAGACGGCCAAAAGGCAGAAGUGCGUUACAGUGAAAUGGUGGUCACUGAGAUAUGAAGCAGUGCGCUGCUCUAGUCCAUGUCCCCUUUGGUUGAGUUCCAGCAGCCAUCUUAAGGGCUGUUCAGUUACUGACACCAGUGUCCACUCUUAGAAAAAAAAGGCUCCUCAAGGAUUCUUCAGAUGGUUCCAGUUAAUCUAAUCUUAGCUAAAGAAUCUUCCUUGAAUUGGAAACCAUUGUUUGUAGGGUAAUAUUUAGAGCCUUCUGUCAGACAGACAAACCAAAGGACCCUUUGCUAGAUAAAAUGUACACUAGAUAAACUUGCUAGAUGAAGUGCGCACAUCCCAGAAUGCACUGCUCCAUUGCUCAUGCAGGUUAUACGUCAAAAUGUCAGACAAGGCAUAAACAGUGUCAGGUUGAAAUGUUUCAAAUCUAUAAUGUAAUUGUGUCCCUUAUGGAUAUUAGCCAACUUUCUCUGCUAGCUUGCAAGUAUGCUAGCAUUUCAGCUUAGCAAUCCAGCUGUGAGCGAUUCAGAAAUUCCAUCAAAGUCACUUCCACUGCGUUGUUCUUGCUGCCAAGGUUGAGUUCUGCAGAAGAAAAUCUACUCCGAGCUCGGGUGUGAUGAUGACAACAUGGAAUCGGUCUGAACGUAACAGGACAUAACAUGUGGCGUCCUCUACUGAGUGUGAUUGAAGGUUAAACGCUGAUUAAAGUUUAUGAAUUUAUUUCCGAGUGAAGCUGAUCGCUGCAGCAUUUUUUUACAUUGUUUUAUGAGCUAAAUAAAAUCUCACUGCAGUUAGUGCUGAAAACGCUA